AUGGACUCUUCUGUUCCUGCUGCUGCCCCUGUCCCAGCCCUGGCCCUGGUCCUAGCUCCAGCCCUCCCGCAGGCCCCCCAGGCACUCCCUGGCCUAUUAAGUCCAUCACCACUUGCUUCCAGACAGCAUGUAGGUGGCAGUGAAAGAGGAGUUUGCCUUUGGAGGCCCUGGCUGUCCUCUACAAAUGACCCACCAACGGAGGUGAGGAAACUCAUAGACUCGGCUACUGGUGGGGCAACAGGUGCCAAAGUCACCAAGGCUAACUCCGAGUUCCAUCACCCUGUCAGGUUCUUCUGGCCUAAAUCCCACUCUUUUGACUACCUGUACAGUGAUGGGGAGAUUCUGCUGCAGAACUUCCCUGUCCAGGCCACCAUCAAUCUAUAUGAGGACUCAAACAGUGAAGAGGAGGAGGAAGAGGAGGAGGAG